UUUCCCAGAGCCCGGAUUAGUGAAGCUGCGGGGCUGCAGCGGCGGUCGUCUUGCCUGUCAUCACCGCCACCAGAAGGAAGCAGCCAGACACUCCAGCGGGAAGAUGGAAGAUGGUACCCCAAAGCAUAUCAUCCAGAUGACAGGAUUUAAGAUGGAAGAAAAGGAAGCUCUGGGCAAAUUGCUUUUAAAACUAGAUUGCACUUUUAUUAAGAGUGAGAAAUACAAAAAUUGUACACACCUUAUAGCUGAACGCCUAUGUAAGAGCGAAAAAUUUUUAGCAGCUUGUGCAGCAGGAAAGUGGGUACUAACUAAGGACUAUAUAAUUCAUAGUGCCAAAAGUGGCAGAUGGCUUGAUGAAACAACCUACGAAUGGGGAUAUAAAAUUGAGAAAGACUCCCAUUAUUCAGCUCAAAUGCAGUCUGCACCUAAGAGAUGGCGUGAAGAACUGAAACGCACUGGUGCUCCAGGAGCCUUCCACAGAUGGAAAGUUGUCCUCCUUGUUAGAGCUGAUAAACGAAGUGAUUCUCUUGUUAGAGUGUUGGAGGCUGGAAAAGCAAAUGUCAUUUUACCAAAAGGUUCUCCAAGUGGGAUAACUCAUGUGAUUGCCAGUAAUGCAAGAAUCAAGGCUGAACAAGAAAAAGAUAACUUUAAGGCUCCAUUUUAUCCAAUUCAGUAUCUAGGGGAUUUUCUUUUAGAGAAUGAAAUUCAAAAUAAUGAAGAUUCCCAGACUUACUCUUUUUGGAAUAAACAUUGCAAUCAGGAGAAAAACAAAGAUUUCAGAAAAGAUACAGAAUUUUUUGAAAUGAAAGAUGCUUUAAGAGAGACUAUGUAUAAAACUCAGAAAAAAAUGCAAAAUCAUGAUGGAGAUGUUAAUAUUAGUUCUGUUUUGACUGGACAUCACAAAAAAGAAAAAUUCAAAGAUUCCAGUAAAGAUUUAACUUUCGUUAAAACAACAAAUGCCUUAGAAAAGCACACAUAUGGAAAUCAGAAGGAAAUUAAGAAAAAGGAUGAUGAUCUUCAAAGGAGUUAUACUUUGAGGAAAAAAUGUAAAAAAGAAAAAGACAGAGAUUCUAAGAUGGACAUCAAACAUGAAAAAAUUAAAAGUACUUUAAGGAAGCACAUAUACAGAGAUCAGAAAGAAAUGAAGAAUUCUGGUUUUGCUGGUCAUGCGAAAGAAUCAAAAACUAAAGAUAUCCAGACAGAUGUGGAUAUUGUUGAAAUAAAAAAUCUCUUAAGGAGGCACAUAUAUAGAACACAGGCUAUCAGAUACAGCUGCAUUAGGAUAGAUAAACAACCAGUAUACAAUGUGGAGGUUAAAAAUGCUGAAUUUCCCAGAGGUGUAUUAAACUUAAUUGAAAGCCUCAUAGAAGGACAGUUUUUUAAAGAAGCGAUUGAAGAGCUCUCCUCUUUGCAAGCACAUUACAUCCCUCCUGUAUGCCUUCUUCAUGCUCUUCUAGAGAACAUUAUGCAGAAUAACCUAGAUACGUUUUCUGGCCGAUACUUUCAUAUAUUGUCAGCUCUUCUUCACCUGCAUCCUCCUUGGAAGUCCCCAGCCAUGUUAAGAUAUUACUUAGAAUUGUUUCAGUGUCCAACUUGUAUGAAAGGAGCAUGGUCUCUAAUAGAAGUGCUUAUCCGAUCUUGUCUUUUCAAUGAAAGUUUUUGUCAUCAAAUUUCAGAAAAUAUUGACUCUAAAAUGUUCCACCUGACCCUGCUCAAAUUUUUCUUUAAUUUAGUUGAAAGUGAAGUGAGACACCUAACUCAAAAGUUGUGUGACUGGUCAGAUUCUCAGAGUUUGAAAAUAACAGGAAAGGCAGUUGUGCUUGAAAUCUUUUGGUCUGGAAGUGAGACGUCUGGACUUUUGACCAAACCAGUAAACAUGCUUUUGGAUUGGACUAUAUAUUCCCACAAGGAAAAAAGCAAGUCUAAUGAUGUCUUCAAACAUGAACUAGCUUACUUAUUGACUGGAAUUCUUGGAGCAGCAAUAGAUUAUUGGAUCUUCCUUGGUCUCAAGAUGGGUAGAAAUGUGAUGCGUCACAUGUCUGAUGAUUUAGGAAGCUAUGUUUCCCUUUCAUGUGAUGACUUUUCUUCAAAGGAAUUAGAAAUUUUCAUUUGUUCCUUUUCCUCCUCUUGGCUCCAAAUGUUUGUUGCAGAGGCAAUCUUUAAAAAGUUGUGUUUGCAGAGUUCCAUCAGUAUUUCUUCUGAGCCACUCUCUCUUCAGAAAAUGGUUUAUUCCUAUUUGCCAGCUUUGGGGAAAACUGGUGUAUAUGGUAUUGGAAAAAUGCAAAUACCAAAGAAAACAGGACAGCGGCCUUGCCUUGAAUCUCAGAGGGCCUUACUGAUGCUGAAUGGUGCAAAACAGAAACAAUUUGAAGGACUGCCAGACUUACCAGAGCUGAACCUGGCUAAAUGUUCCUCAUCAUUUAAAAGACUGAAAAAGAAGUCAGAAGGAGAAUUGUCAUAUUCCAAAGAAAAUUGUCCCUCUUUAGUGACAAAGAUGAAUUUUCACAAGACUAAUCUAAAAGGAGAAACAGCCCUCCAUAGAGCUUGCAUAAAUAACCAAGUGGAGAAAUUGAUUCUUCUUCUCUCUUUGCCUGGAAUAGACAUCAAUGUUAAAGACAAUGCUGGCUGGACGCCUUUGCAUGAAGCCUGUAACUAUGGCAACACAGUGUGUGUCCAGGAAAUUUUGCAGCGUUGUCCAGAGGUAGAUCUGCUCACUCAAGUGGACGGGGUGACUCCUUUGCAUGAUGCACUGUCAAACGGACACGUAGAAAUUGGCAAGCUGCUACUUCAGCAUGGGGGCCCAGUGCUUCUACAGCAAAGAAAUGCUAAAGGAGAAUUGCCCUUGGAUUAUGUGAUAUCAUCUCAAGUCAAAGAAGAGCUCUUUGCUAUUACAAAGAUAGAAGAUACAGUAGAGAACUUUCAUGCACAAGCAGAGAAACAUUUUCAUCACCAACAACUUGAAUUUGGCUCAUUUUUACUUAGUAGGAUGUUGCUAAAUUUUCGUUCAAUUUUUGAUUUAUCUUCAGAGUUCCUCUUAGCUUUUAAAGGGUUAACACAUCUCAAUGAGCUGCUUAUGGCUUGUAAAAAUUAUAAGGAAACUACAAGUGCUCAUACUGACUGGUUAUUGGAUCUUUAUGCCAGAAAUAUAAAAACAUUGCAGAAGCUCCCAAAUAUUCUUAAGGAACUGCCUGAGAAUUUAAAAGUGUGUCCUGGAGUACACACAGAAGCCUUAUUGGUGACACUGGAAAUGAUGUGUCGGUCAGUUGUAGAGUUUUCAUGAUGAUACCAAAAAUAGUCAACUUCAUAACUUCUUAACAAGUAUUGAUUUGAUUUAUUUACUGACAGAAUUUUCAGACUUACUAAAUUUUAGAAGCACUUAAAAACUUCUGCAAAACUGUAGUAUGGGCUUUUGUCUUUUUUCAGUGUGUAGAAUUUUCAGUGUGACUCAAAAGUAAAAAAUAGUUUUGUUUGGAAUAUAGACUUCUUUUUUUUUUUAUUUUGUUCUGGAUGUGAUUAUCUAUUUAUAAUGUACAUGUAAAAAUUCUUAAUUUAAGUAUUUUUUCCAAAUCAAAAUGUAAUGUUCU